ACUAGAAUGAAGUUCAAAAAUAAUUGGCUGACAGCAUUUGUUUUUGUUGUGCUCUGUUGCGCUCUGACCAAGGCUGCGGACGAAACUACACAAAAGGCCGUACCUAUCAAACAACAGGAUGCUAAUGCAACUGUUGCUCCAGCUACACCCGCACCUAAGAUAAAUGUCCUCGAGAGCGAUUUAUGCAAAAAAUGUAGCUGUUUCCAUAACCCUGAUCAUAGCCAAAUUGACUGCAGUAGUAAGAAAAUGAGUUCACUCUUCAGCGUGGAAGAAUGGAAAACUCUACAAAAUGGUGAUAUCACUUUUGAUGUCAUCAAAUUUGAACACAGCAACAUUACCAGCAUUGGCGAAUUUCCCAGUUAUCCAGUGAAAAGUCUCUAUUUGGCUUUUAAUCAAAUUACGAAUAUAACAAAAGCUGCUUUUGCCAACUUAACAGAGCUGAUUAAAUUAGAUUUGUCCCAUAAUAAGCUGACAACUAAAACUUUGCUACCCGAUGUCUUCAAGGGUUUGUACUCCGUUAAUGAUUACUUGCCUCUGGGAAAAAUGGCGGAACUUAAUUUGGGUCACAAUGACAUACAUAGCCUAGACUCUGAUCUUUUUGAGCAUUUACCAAAAUUAGAGAGUUUAAGCUUGUCCGCAAACACAUUUCAAGUAAUUGAUCAAAACUCAGCAACAGCUAUUUCUGGACUGGCAUACCUGAAGACUUUAGAUUUGUCAUACAUGGAACUGGACGAAUUACCCGAUACUCUACUUCACGGACCGCGCGAUUUGGAAACCCUUAUACUAAGUGGCAAUCUCUUAGACGAACUACCUGAUCAUUUAAAUUUAGCGCCAAAUCUACGCGAGUUGGUACUCGAUGAGAAUCCCAUAGAGGAUUUAGUGGACGAAAAUAUUUUCCCAACUCUACGCUACUUAACCUAUCUGAGUAUGGCUUACAUGCCCGAACUGAAGGUAAUCGGUCCCGGCGCAUUUUCGGAGCUGCAAAACUUAACUACUUUAAUCCUAUCGAGUAAUACAAAGUUGUCUAAAAUCGAUGUCAAGGCUUUUGCUAAGAAUACUUCGAAUCCAGAAAUAUUGUCUUAUCCACCACUGGAAAAGCUUUAUUUGCACAACAACAACUUAUCUGCUUUGGAUCGCGGAAUGCUCGAACGUUGGGAUAAGAUAACUGAACUUGAUUUACGUUACAACUACUGGACAUGUGAUUGCAGCAAUCGUUGGCUCAUUGAGGUACUAACGAUCCAAAUAAAUAAUACGACUCCUAGAUGGACCCAGGAUAUCAACUGUUAUCAACCAAAUGCUUUGAGAAGUAUUCCGCUAUUGCAACUAAGUUCAGCAGAAAGACGUUUAAAAUGCAGCAGCGAAGGAGGUAGCACGGGUAGUCUCUUUCUAAUAGGUUUACUUGUUGGGAUUCUGCUGUGCGUACCUAUAGUACUGGGAUCAAUCGCACUUUGGCGUCGUGGCUGCUUUGGCCUAAACCGCGACAGAGUAAUCGCUAAUAGAUCACUCUAUAAUCGCGCUAACUUCAGCGAUGAAUUACAUAUCUAAUUUACUAUAUUCCUUGUAUAUAUAUAGCAUAUAUAUUUAUUUGUAAUAAAAAAUUUGUCAUAUCACUACUCUUUUCAGUAA